AUGACCGCCCACAUCCUCCUGCUGUUGCUCCUCGCCUCCUCUACCCUGGGGUACCCGGACUCCGCGGGCAGGCGGCCCCGGCACCAGGUCUCCCAGCUGCGCGGGCACCUCUGUUCACUGGGCACGUGCCAGACGCACCGCCUGCCAGAGAUUAUAUACUGGCUCCGCUCUGCCUCCACCAAGGAGCUCUCAGGGAAGGCGGGCCGCAAGCCUCAGGAUCCCCACAGCUAUGGGCGCCGCCGGCGGCGCGCGGCCAGACUCUUGCUGCGUCUUCAGGACCCCAGCCUGCGGCAAGGAGGCCAGCUCAGUGCCCAGCUCGCUGGGUGA